CACCCACACAGUGGACACACAAUAAUGAUGUGACAUUCAGAGUUUCUGAGUCCAGCAGUGGAGACUACAUGUGUAAGAGUCGACGCAGAGAUGACUCAUAUUCUUCAACAGAGUGGAGUGAAGCCUUCACAUUGUCAGGAUCAACAGUUAAACCAAAGGCCCAACUGACUAAUAACAGCAGAGACAUUCCAGUAGCAGGCAAAGUGACUCUGAACUGCUCAGUGAACCUGUCAGCUGAAUGGAAAUACUACUGGUACAGAGGUAAUAAAUCCUCUGAACCCCUGACCACACAAGAUGCUGCUCUUUCAGACGGACAAAUCAGUGUCUCACAGGAAGGACUCUACAGGUGCAGAGGAGGAAGAGGAAACCCAGUUUACUACACAGAGUACAGUGAUCCAGUCAACAUUGAUAAAAACACAGCACCUGAGCCUGAAAACUCUUCAUUUCUCACUCCUUUGAUUGUUGGACUUGUUUGUGGAAUUUUACUGAUUAUUCUUCUUCUGCUGCUGUGUCGCUUCAAACAGUCAAAGGAUUCAUGCUUUAAGAGGCCUCAGAGCGAAAAUCAGCACUCUGCUACAAACCACAUGACCAAGCAAGAUGAAACUCAACACACUUCUCCUGUCCAAGUUGAAUCAGAGGAUGCCACAUAUUCUUUGAUUGAGCUUAAAAACACCACUCCAAGGAAGAAGACCAAGAUACCAGAGGAGAGUUGUGUUUACUCUGAUGUUAAAAUACGACCUUCCACAGGAAAAUCAGAUCCUGCCACAGCUCAUGAAACGGUUUAUUCUGGAGUCAAACCGGGAAAAGAACUUGGUGAUUGUACAGCAGUAAAAUAGCACAUUGACAUUUUUCACUGUAAUUAUGUACUUUUAGACAUAUCAGAAUGUAUUGUAA